AUGAGCCGGCAACUGAACAUCAAGUCUGGUGGUGACGAGGGUGGCUUCAGUGGGCACUCGGCAGUGGGGCUGAGGAAGGCUGUGGGCAGUGCGGCUUCUUACCGUGCAGCUGGCAAAGGAGCUGGGGCUGGCUUUGGCAGCUGAAGCCUCUACAUUCUCGGAGGGAAUAGGUGUAUUUCCCUCAGUGUGGCUGGUAACAGUGUUCAGACUGGAGGUUACAGCUUUGGGCUUGGCUCUGGGUAUGGAGGGGGCCGGGCCAGUGGUUUUGCCGGCAGCAUGUUUGACAGUGUGGCCCUGGGGCCCUUGUGCCCAUCCACGUACCCACCUGGAGGCAUCCACCAGGUCACUGUCAACAAGAGCCUCCUGGCCCCCCUCAAUGUGGAGCUGGACCCCGAGAUCCAGAAGGUGCGGGCCCAGGAGUGGGAGAAGAUCAAGGCGCUGAACAACAAGUUUGCCUCCUUGAUCGACAAGGUGUGGUUCCUGGAGCAGCAGAACCAGGUGCUGGGGACCAAGUGAGAGCUGCUGCAGCAGCUGGACCUGAACGACUGUAAGAGCAACCUGGAGGCCAUCCUCGAGGGCUGCACCAGCCACCUGCGCAAGCAGCUGGAGACGCUGUCCGGGGACCGGGUGAGGCUGGACUCGGACCUGAGAAGCGUGCGGGACGUGUUGGAGGACCACAGGAAGAGGUAUGAGGAAGAAAUCAACAGGCGGACAGCGGCAGAGAAUGAGUUUGUGCUGCUCAAAAAGGACGUGGACGCAGCUUAUGCCAAUAAGGUGGAGCUGCAGGCCAAGGUGGACUCCAUGGACCAGGAGAUCAAGUUCUUCAAGUGUCUCUAUGAAGCCGAGAUCGCUCAGAUCCAGUCCCACAUCAGCGACAUGUCUGUCAUCCUGUCCAUGGACAACAACUGCCACCCGAACCUGGACGGCAUCUUUGAUGAGGUCUGCGCCCAGUACGAGGAGAUCGCCCUGCAGAGGAAGGCCGAGGCCGAGGCGCUAGACCAGACCAAGUUCCAGGAACAGCAGCUGGCAGCUGGCCAGCAUGGGGACGACCUCAAAAACACCAAGAAUGAGAUCUCAGAGCUCACCCGGCUCAUCCAGAGGCUCCGCUCAGAGAUUGAGAAUGUGAAGAAGCAAGCUUCCAACCUGGAGACGGCCAUCGCCGAUGCUGAGCAGCGUGGGGGCGACGCCCUGAAGGAUGCCCGGGCCGAGCUGGAUGAGCUGGAGGCCGCCCUGCACCAGUCCAUAGCGGAGCUGGCCAGGAUGAUGCGUGAGUACCAGGGACUCAUGAGCCUGAAGCUAGCCCUGGACAUGGAGAUCGCCACCUACCGCAAGCUGCCGGAGAGCGAGGAGUGCCAGAUGUCAGGAGAAUUUCCCUCCCCUGUCAGCAUCUCCGUCAUUAGCAGCACCAGCGGCAGCAGUGGCUAUGGCUUCUGGCCCAACUCGGUCAGCGGAGGCUAUGUGGUCAAAGGCAGCAGCUGCAUCCCCGGAGUGUGCGACAUCCACGGCAGGGAGGGCCAGAACCAGAGCAGCACCACCGACUACAAGGAUGCCCUGGGGAAGGUCUCCAGCCCGAGUGCCCCCUCCAAGAAAGCCAGUCCGAGGCGACCAUCGGCUGCCCUCAACCAGGAAGUCAACACCACCAUUCAGCCGAUGUGGGUAGAGGAGGGCAAGCAGAUCAAGACUCAGAAGCAAGUUUUGCUUCCCCGGUUGACAAGGUUCCAGGAAGAGAUCAACCUCAGGGUCAAUGUGGAAGAGGGCUCGGUGCUGCCCUGA